AUGCACGACUUGAUGGAGCUCCCCUCGAACCCGGGCACCAAGACACCAGUCCAGCUCGUCGAGCUCAGGAGGCGGUUGAGCAAGCACGAGGUUCCCAGCGACCAACAUGAACGACCCGGACAAAUCGCCUGCGAGAAUCGCUUCUGGAAGUAUCAGCAACGUCUCCAAGCCCAUCUCCCAAGACCAUCUCCCACCCUCCUCGGAAUCCCCAAACCACUCCGCGCCAACAUCCUCAACUUCAUCCUCCCCACAGGAACCCGCAUCGCCGUCUCACCUACCGAGAAGCGCCCCCACGAACCACCCAUCCUGCAAACCACCCACCUCCUCCGCGUCGAAGCCUCGUGGAUCUACUACCCAACCAACACCUUCCACUUCCACAUCCACAACUUCGACGCCUCCGCCCUGAUCGCCUGGCUCGCAGACACGCCCGCCAAGGAUGCGAAACGCAUGGCGCCGAUUCAGUUGCGGAUGUUGGAACCUGAGCAGGGAGUGGAGUGUUGGGGGAGGUUGGUGGAGUGGUUGAAGGGGUUUUACGAGGGCAAGGUUGUGGGGUUGAGUGUUGCGGAGGGGAGUGGCGAGGAGGGACCGGAGAGUGUUGAGGCGGCGAGGAGGUUGUUUAGGGAGGUUGAUGGGUUGAGGCGGUUGGAGGUGGAGGUAAGGCCGGAGUGGAAGCAGGUUUUGGAGAGGUUGGGGGAGAUGAGGAUGGGGGAGGAGGCGCUGUGGUAG